AAACAAAGUAAAGUUGAAGAAGAAGAAGAAAUUUUGUAACUGAAAUAUUUGAUCGUUGAGUUACAAUCAACUAUCAACAUGUAUUACGUUGUAUUUGGAAUACUAUUAGUUUUAGCUGGUGUAUCAGCCAGUUCUAUUGCACUUGAAGGAUCUGAUUCAAAUAGAACAUGUAAACUAGAUGAUGAGUUGAAAAAGGUUACCGGUAAUCUAUUGAAUUUAACUGAAAAUGUUGAACAAGAUGCAGCUGAAUCAGAUCUGUGUGAGAUAUUCAAGACUCUACUUAACGCAACAAAAGGAAUUUUACCGCAUGUCACAAGUGAAUGUGCAAUCUCGGAUAUUUUGCAAGGAUUGAUAAGCAAAACAGACGUGAUGCCAACGGCUUCGGUAUGCCAAUUAUUGAGAAUUAUUCCAGGAUUGAAGGACCUCAUUAUCACCACAAUAAAAUCGAAUGCAUUUGCAGAAAUUCGAGUAACAAUAGCAAAAACUCUUGACGACAAAACGGCUGGAAAAGGAAAAACUUAAUUGCCAGUUGGUGGAUCAAGUGUCACAACUAUUUGGUGGUUUCGAUCUUAAUUUUUUCCGAAAUUUCCUCGUAGGCGUAACUCAUUUUGCCAAUAAAUUGCUUGGAGGUCUUUUUGGCACAUUAGGAGAUAUCAGUCCGUGAUAGUACCGUCCAUAAUGUUACCAAAGGCUCGACAACUUUUGUAAUUUACAUGCAAGCUAGAGAUUUUGUAAGGCUUAAUUUUUACAUUUUAAAUGACAAAUGAAACUCCAAGAAUUGAUGGUUUUGCCGUGUA